AUGUCAGUGUUAGACGAUAAGUCAUUUGCGAUCAUGGUCCUUGUAGCUGUGGUUAUGACCGGAAUCAUCACGCCCAUUGUCACAACAAUUUACAAGCCCGCCAGGAAGUUUGUACCAUACAAACGAAGAACUAUUCAAAGGACUAAACCAGAUAGUGAGUUCCGUGUACUUGUAUGCAUCCACACCCCCAGAAAUGUUCCAACAAUCAUCAACCUCCUCGAAGCCUCCCACCCCACGAAGAAUUCCCCGAUUUGCGUUUAUAUGCUCCACCUCGUAGAACUCACUGGUCGUGCAUCGGCAAUGCUCGUUGUUCAUAACACUCGAAAGUCUGGCCGGCCAGCCCUAAACAGGACUCAAGCUCAAUCUGAAAGUAUCAUCAAGGCGUUUGAUAACUUUGAACAGCAUGUUGGCUGUGUUUCCGUCCAACCCCUCACUGCGAUCUCUCCUUACUCCACCAUGCAUGAAGACAUAUGCAAUGUGGCGGAGGACAAGCGUGUGGCCUUCAUUAUCAUCCCAUUUCACAAACAGCAAACAGUUGAUGGAGGGAUGGAAGCCACGAACCCAGCAUUUCGAUCAAUCAACCAGAAUGUAUUAGCAAACGCACCUUGCUCUGUUGGCAUUCUUGUUGAUAGAGGCCUAAAUAGGUCAACACGCUUGACUGCGAACCAGGUCUCUCACCACAUUGCCGUGCUAUUCUUUGGUGGACCGGAUGACAGAGAGGCAUUAGCCUAUGCCUGGAGGAUGUCUGAGCAUCCUGGAAUUAACCUCACUGUAAUGCGGUUCCUUCCCGGGGAUGAUGCAGCUGAAUCAACUGUGGAGGCUAGCUGCGAACGAAAUGACCCUAGGGUGUUAACAGUGGUAACAGAUAGUGACAGAGAGAAGCAGCUAGACGAGGAUUACAUAAAUGAGUUCAGGGCAAGAACUUCAAGCAAUGAUUCGAUAGUUUACACAGAGAAGGCGGUAAACCAUGGGGAGGAGACUGUGGCAGCAAUAAGAUCAAUCGAAAAUAUCCAUGACUUGUUCAUAGUUGGUAGAGGACAAGGUAUGAUAUCUCCACUCACGGCAGGGCUCACGGACUGGAGUGAGUGCCCAGAGCUUGGUGCAAUUGGAGAUUUGUUGGCAUCAUCAGAUUUUUCAGCGGCAGUUUCAGUGCUAGUGGUGCAACAGUAUUUCGGGAUGGGGCAGGGUGAUGCACUCGUCACCCCGGACAGCCCAAGUCAGCCGAAUGAGCAAUUCGGAAACUUCUGCCAAGUGAUGAACCGGCGGACACCACCUAGGGGGCAAGCCAUGUUCCACUCACAACCCUGA